CAGUUUUCGCCUCGGCGCUUUCUUUCACCGUUGGAAAAAUUUGCUCCGGCUACCAUCGUUUGAGUUGAAAGUUUCGCGAAAAAAUCCGGUUUCGUCGCUUUAAAUUCAGUGAGAAACGUUUUAAUUUGUGUUUAAAAGGUGAAGUGAAUGCGGCGGAAGUGAGAAACGUUAAAAGUAGUGCCAUUUGCCCCUGGAAAAGUGUUGUUUACCGCGUCAUUGUUGUUGCUUGCUGCGCUGUUAUGGUUUAACGCUUUUUCUGCGAUCUGUGGGGAUUGUGUGAGCUUGGUGGAUCUUUGUGUUUUAUCGCGGAACUGCAACGACGUUGAUCACAGAAUGGAUGAUUUAUUGCACAAAUUCAACGAAAUAAUUCUGCAAACUUUUGCGGCAGAAUCGCGUUUGGAAGAAGAAUUCCAGAAAAGCACGAAAAAAUUAGAUGAGCAUGUCACGCAAUCCAUCAGCAAUGGGACGCCGAUCCAAAGCAAGAAGCGUCCAAAACGGUUGGAAUCCAUGGACGAAGGAGGAGAACCCGCGGAUGAAACGGCCAAUUCGACCAGCAGUUCGUUGCAUACUUCGAGGGCAAGCCACAGGAAGAACAGCACCCAGGUGGCAAAGGGACGGGAAAAGGUACGAUCCCUGGCAGAUGAAAUGGCCGCUGUUGCGCCGGCGUCUUUGGUACCGUCCGUCCAAUCGGUAGUAGAGGAGCAUUCUUCCAAAUCUCAUCAGGAGGAAAACGAAAGGCGUCCAGCCAGGGCUGCCCGAGUCAAGGCUACGCAGAAUUUGAAGGAACCAAGCUUGAUGGGGAAGUUGAGACAGCCAAGCAUCACCAUCAAGAAGGAACGGAUUUCGGAGGAACUGAGGAAUGAACAACAGGUGGAGCCCAUGGAAACGGAUGGCGAGAACGAUGCCAACGCGAUUAACGUGAUACACGAGAAGGAGAAGGAAAAGGACAAAGACGCGGAGAAGCGAAAAUCCAACGAUGAAGGUUUCGGUAGCACCAACGAGAAGGAAAAGGAAAGUGAAGAACCUCCGGCUUCGGCGGAAAUGUCCAUCAUUCUCAUACCGAAACCGAUUCCGAAAGUGGAAGUCCUAUCGGAUGAUGAGGAUGCCGGCAAGAUGCCACCUCCGAUGAUGCCUCCGCCGCCAGCCCCCAAGACGAAAUCGACUCGUGCGAAGAAGGCGGAUAAGUCCAAGGUCAAGAGCUCCUCGAAUGUACUUCCGAUUAACAUUAAGAAGGAGAAAGACGCUGAUGAAACUUCGUCCAGUUCGGCGAUUUCGUCGGCAGAUUCGACACUUUCGACCACUUCCACCAAAAGCUCCAGUCGCAAUCGGAAGAAGAAAACAAGCUCCGCACCGGAACCGAAGAAGGUUCACAUCAAAACGGAAAAGCUGUCCAGUGAGGGUAGUCAGAAAACGAUGGCAGCAAAUAGUCCCACCCAGUCGGAGAAGUCUGUCUAUGAAGACGCUCUGGAUGGAGACGCCGUCAUGCGUCCGGUGGCUGUGGCCUUGGGUCGGAUGCCAAUGAUUGCCGAUGGGGAGAAGAAUCAAACUUUCGCCAUGGAUUCGAAUGGGACGUUCUCCGUUCCGGCAUCGAAUGGAACGUUCUCCGUCCCGACGUCGAACGGAACAUUUGUCGUUCCCUCUCCGGCUAACGGAACAUUUAAUGUCGUAAAAUCACCGGAAAAUGCCGCAAAUGGCACGUUCCAGCUUCCGGGACCUGGCAAUAGCACUUUCGUUAUGGACAAACCGAAGUCCACCGAGGAACAGCAUCGGGCCCUUAUCAAUGCUAGCAUAAUGACCGAAGACAAUUCCCACGUCGAGGAAAGUCCGGAAAAGCCCCCACCGAAGGCCAAGAAACCAGCCGUAGCCAAAAAGCCCCAAACUACUUCAUCCAAAUCCUCCAAGAAACACAACGAACUAUUCUCCCUACAGUCCCCGAUCAAAACUCGAAUCGAAGCAUUUGAAAAGGCCGCUGUUGGUUCUCCAUUCCAUUCCCGUACUGCUGCUGCCGGCAAAAACACGACUCCAUCACAACCGCCUCGAUUCCCGUCGAAAACAUCCACCACGCCUCUGGCCUCCCAGAGGUACCCAGCUUCGGCGAAAGCACCCUCCACCCAGACCACCCCAACCGCCCAAAGUACACUUCCACUCUCCAAGGGCAUCUCCUCGUCGGCUUCCAAACUUGCUCACCUCCAGAAGAAACCAACCCUCGCCUCGGCGAAUCUCCCUAAAUCGCAAAGCCUCUCGCGUGAACCCAGCAUCGAACGGGGAACCCUGUCCUCGGCAUCGUCCACCACAUCUCUGGCCCUGGACGAGAAGAAGAAGAAACGUGAGGAGAAGCAACGGCUAGCUCAACAGCAACGAGAGCAGAUCGAGAAGGAAAAACGCGAAAAUGCCGAACGGUUGAUGAAGGAAAAGGAGGAGAAGCACCGGAAACUGGUGCAGGAGAAGGAGGACAAACUGCGAGCGGAUUUGGUCAAGAAGGCCAAGAAGAUGGAGGAGUUCGAGAAGCGGCGACAUCUGGAGGAGCUCAACCAGAGGAUGCUGGCGGAGCAGAAGCGAGAGGAACUGGCCAAGUUGGAACAGCAGCAAAGGUCCGAACGGGAGCAGGCCGAGCUGUUCAAAAUCAACCAGGCCAAGGAGAACUACGAAAUCAAACUGCACAAGCAGAUGUACCAGCAGAAGAUGCAACAGCAGCAGAAACUCCAGCAGGCGCAAAUCCUUCAACAGCAACAGUUGCAGUUGAAGAAGCUGAAACCGAACGGCACUACGGUGGCAGCGCAGGAGAAGAAUCUCUUCACGUUCGAUAUGAUCCUGACGGACGAUUCGACCGACGACGAAAGCACUAGUGCAAGCAAGAAAUCCAAACGCCCGCCGCUGCCGGUGUGGUGUUCCAAAGAAGAACGCAACCCGACGAUCCGGACGCAGCGCGAAAUCAAACUGAAGGUGAUCGAUCAGUUCUUCUCGGUGGCACCGAUGACGGCGGACCUACGGGAGAUCUUCCCCUCGAUCGACGCCCGAAAGCUGAAACGGAAUUCGAGUGCCGUCUGGCGGACACCACCGCGGUACUCCCAGAUGCCCAAGUAUUGAGGGUGUUUGCGGUAUUCGCGCAUUCUAGUUUAAGAUCUAGCUACUAACCUACCUAACCAACAGCAACAACAACAACCAUCCCUCGAAUUGUAAUUUGUCGCCGUCAUCGUCGUUAAGUGUUUUAUGAGGAUCAGAGGAUUUGCUCUCAAUCAAGUGCUCAGCAUAAGUGGGUAAGUGUUCGAACGAUUUUAUGUUUUUUGUGUUAUUUUUGUGGGCGCUAUCGGAAUUGGAAUCCAGGGGUUCCCAAUCGAGUCCAGCCACAACCGAUGAACGUUGUUGAAUAUAAUCUAUUGAGCAUGAUGUUUACGCGCAAUUGUUCCCCCAAUGAAUCGAAAACAACUCUUUCGAAAGUAAGUUGAAAACUUGAAAUGUUUCGGCUAGGUGUUCGAAAUGGGUUAGGAGCACCUAGCGCUAUGCGCAUCUAUGAUCGAUUACUAACCCCGUAGUUAUAGGCUGAUGCUACCGAGCAUGUCAGAAACGGACACGAACUGACUUGUGUCGUGCAAAGAUUUUAUCCCAAUUGAUCCGAAGUUAUAGAAGAACAAUGAUGCUUUUACUUAUUGCGACGCUCUUUUGUUAAAUAUGUUUCUUACUAAACAUCGAAUAAUAAUUAAUAUCAUGAUAAUCACUAUUUUAAGCAAAUUGAAACGUAUCAAGUAUUAGAAAUAAUAAAAUUUGAUUUUUUUUUUGUA